GUACUUAAGUCGUACAAAUAUGAAAAGUGAAAGCAGUUGCUAAAUGCUUACAUUUCAAUUUCAAAUUCAAAUUCGUAUCUCCACUUCAGUUCUCAUCAUGUUUAUUGCCAAAACGUUGAGAGCUACGGCAUUUGGGCUUUAUGGCUAUUUGAAUUUCACAAAGUCUGGUUUUGCGGAACACGCGAAAAAGUUUAAGCCAGAGGAUAUGCAAGUUCAAAUGGAAGGGAAGAAUUGCAUUGUCACAGGUGCAAAUUCCGGCAUUGGUUUUGCAACUGCUGAAGGCCUCGCUUCACGUGGGGCAACUGUCUACAUGUUAUGCCGGAAUAAGGAGAGGGGAGAGGCUGCUCUUACCAAAAUUCACUCAAUCACUGGAAAUAAAAAUGUUUACUUGGAGGUCUGUGACAUUUCAUCAGUCAGUGAUGUCAAAUCCUUCGCUUCUAGAUUUUGUUCAAAAGAUGUGCCGGUCCAUGUCCUGGUGAACAAUGCAGGCGUGCUUGAAACAAAUCGUGUCAUCACUCCAGAAGGCAGAUAUGAGCUGAAUUUUUCUACAAAUGUUCUUGGCACUUACACCUUGACAGAGUUGAUGUUACCACUCCUUGAGAAGGCGGCACCUGAUGCUCGUGUUAUCACAGUUGCCUCUGGCGGGAUGUACACAGCUCCACUGACAACCGAUUUACAGUUUAGUGGUAACAAGUUUGAUGGGGUGGAACAGUAUGCUCGGAACAAGAGAGUUCAGGUUGCAUUGACAGAAAAAUGGGCUGAAAUGUACAAGGAUAAAAGUGUUGGUUUCUACUCCAUGCAUCCAGGGUGGGCCGAAACGCCUGGAGUAUCCAAGAGUUUGCCGGAUUUUUCAAAAUCGUUUGAAGGAAAACUUAGAAGUAGUGAGGAAGGUGCAGAUACAGUAAUCUGGUUGGCUUUACAACCAAAAGAGAAGUUGGUUUCAGGACAAUUUUAUUUUGAUAGAGCAGAAGCACCUAAACAUCUGCCACUGACAGGCACCAAGAACUCCCGUUCCACUAUAGACUCCAUAAUCGAGAAACUUAGAUCUUUGGCUGACUUAUGAUAAUACAUGCUUCCCCUGAGGAAUCCUGAUGCUCAAGUCUCCUCAAUCAUAGAAUAUCUUUUCGUUGUUUGAUUGUGUAGGAUGAGCAUUUCUUGUGAUUAUUACUUUAACAUUUGGGAGUAUAACAAUGUUGAAAGGUAAAGGUUUUCUUGAAUGAUUACGAUACCGAAGAAUGCUUUCCCAAAAAGAUAAAAAAAAGUGAUUUGCACCAGCCGGGAAUCGAGCCCGGGUCUGUACCGUGGCAGGGUACUAUUCUACCACUAGACCACUGGUGCACUUGUUGUCUUAACAUUCGAUCAGUUCUUGUGUAUUUUAUUUCCUAUUGGUGCUUACGGCUCUCUGAAUAACUAUGAGCUAAACAGUUAGUGUAUACAUAGAUCGAAGCCUCAACGACAUUUCACAUUGUAAAAGUUCUAUACAUAAAAUGUUCUGUGAACAUAGACCGCAUACAAUAGAUUCAAUAUAAUUUAGUCUUUUGUGGA